AUGAAAAACAAUCCGGCUGUACAAUUCGGAGACAGGAACCAGGAGCGGCGACAAGCCGCUGUUCGGCCCAUCGUCUCCGAAGUUCUAGCCAACGAGACGCUUCAGUUACUGCUUGAAAAGCUCGAGAGCGAGGAGGCCACCCGUGAGCGGAACGAAUGUCUGGUCCGCAUAUACGAGGAUGCGUCGGACUGUGCGAACGACAUGUUUGCGUAUCCAAUUUGGCCAAGGCUCCUGCGGUUCGACGACUUGGGGAUUGUGACGAUAACGUGUCCGGCACUGCGGGUCGACGAGCCGACGGGCACUUGGGCACUUCGACCUCCAUCUGGACGGGGCAAUCAUGGUGAAGGCGGAAGUCGUUGA